CGGGCGGAGGCUGAGAAGGGCGGGCGGCGGCGGGGGGCGGGCGGCGAGUUCCUGGUUAAGCUGGACCACGAGGGCGUGACCUCUCCCAAGAGCAAGAACUGCAAGGCGCUGCACGCGGGCGACAAGGAUGUUGGGCCCCGGUCCGGGCGGGCCCUGCCCAGCCCCAGCUACGGGCACCCCGCCCUCACGGGCAAGGACAGAAAGGGCCGGUCGCCUGUCCACCCGCUGCCCGUAGGACUGGCGCUGCGCAAGUUCGCGGGCCAGGCCGAGUACCCGCUGCCCUGUGACAGUGACUGCCACAGCUCCUACUCAGACGAGGAGGAGGAUGGGCCCAGCCUGGCGCCCGGCGUGCCAUCCCGCUUCCUCGCCCGCCUGUCCGUGUCCUCCUCCUCCUCGGGCUCGUCCACCUCCUCCUCCUCGGGCUCCCUGUCCACCUCCAGCCUCUGCUCCUCGGACGACGAGGCCUCCUCCUACAGCUCGGACGAGGAGGACCCGGCCCUGCUGCUGCAGACCUGUCUCACCCACCCCGUGCCCGCGCUCCUGGCCCAGCCCGAGGCCCUGCGCGCCAAGGGGGGCGGCCCGCAUGCGCACGCCCAGCGCUGCUUCCUGUCC